GUUGCAGUCAUUGAACCUUCUACUCAGAGGUUGAGUCACCUACCUACCUGGGACUUGCAUAUAGACCCACAGGUUCGACCGUCUCAGUCUCAGUCUCAGACUCAGAAUCUCAGACUCUCAAAAUACCAUUCACUCAGUCACUCAGGGUUGCGAUGGCUGCCAAGAAGAAGCCUGCGAAAGCAUCGAAGCAGAAUGGGACCGACAAUUUCCCAGGACUGAAGAGUCCAGGGGAACCUGCAUCUCAGAUGCAGUACCACGAGUUGCAGAAAAAUGAAGUGAUGGUGUUGCAGGCCAUCUAUGGUGAAGACUUCAUUGAGCAUAGCACAGCUCAUAGUGCGUGGCAUAAAUCCGAGCCGAGUUUUGACAUCAGGAUCAAAGCAUCAUCAGAUGACGAAGUUGCAAUGACACUCGGCGUUGUCCUCGUUGCAACCUACCCCAAGUCUCCUCCUCUGUUGACCACCAAGGAUGACGGCGAUUUGCGAGAAUCGACCAAGUUUAAGAUCCAAAAGUUCAUCGAGACGCAGCCAAUAGCCUGGGCUACCGAGGAACAGGAGAUGAUCGACCGCAUCGUUGAGGGUAUCCGUGAGAUUCUGGAAGCCGCUGCCGUCAAGAAAGCCCAGGGCCUGGAACUGCCGUCUCUGGAGGAAGAGAGGGCUGCCCACGAGGCUGAGCUUGCGAAACAAGCCAGGAACGAGAAGGAGCUGGAAGCUCUCAAGAGGCUCGAAGAGACCAAGGAAGAGGAGCGGGUCCUGGGUGAUAUGGUCCAGGAAGAGAUCAAACGGCAAAGAAACAAGGCAAAAGAGUCGAGGAAGAAGAACAGGAGUCAGCAACUGUCGCCUGACCGUGUUGCAGAGGACCCCGCUGAUACCGACGUCGCUCUUGUUCUUGACCAGCCGUGCAAGUUGACUGACAGGUCAGGCAAUGCACUGUUCUUCCAGACAGUCAUUGGAAGAGUAGUGUAUCGUGAAGGCCCUGUGACCACGGUUUACAAGGUCAAGCCGGUUCUCUCUGCGAGGAAUCUGCGGCCAAGCCUAGCUUUCAAGCAGGUUGAGCUAAAGUACCAUGGGAAAGACUCCGUCCACCUCAAGAGGCAGCUUCAAUCUUUGGAGAUACAAUUGGAGUCUCUCAAGAAACUUCGUCACCAAAACCUUCUUGAGCUCAUGGACUUCAAAAUCGAUCGCUCCAUCAGCGAGACGGACUCGUCUUCUCCAGCCGUUUGGACUAUUAGUGUCCUCACCCCUCUUAGCGACAAAGGCCCCGUGGAUGAACUCUUGAGCCUCGCCGGUCAAAUUGACAUCAGCAAAGCUAAGAUAUGGACGACAGACCUGCUAGAAGCAAUUGCAUUUUUACAUAACAACGGAAUCGUUCACCAGGACAUUCAUCCCGGAAAUAUCCUCCUCUGCAGGGAGCCAGCUGGUGAUGUUGUCCCGAAGCUGGCCGAUGCUGGUUACCAGAGAGAACUGCACAACAUGUGCACCAAGGUAGCCAGCCUAACCACCACAAGAACCGCAAAGUCGGCCUAUUGGUUCCCGCCCGAGAUUGCAGGUUUGUCGAAACCACAGUACACCCAAAAGACGGACGUGUGGGAUUUUGGUAUAGUCGUGUUGCAGAUGAUCUUCGGUCUGGACGUGCCAGAAAAGUACCACUCCCCGUCGGCGUUGAUGGAGUCCCUUUCGCUCUCGGGUCCGCUUGAGGAACUGGUGGCGAAGUUCUUCAAAUCAGAUCCCAAGAAGCGGCCCCGAGCGUUUGAGCUGUGCUCCAGCGAGUUCUUAGCAACCAACGCCCCUAUCCUGGCCGAAGAUGACUCCGCUGUUAUGGGCGGCUCCAUGAUCUCUCUCUCUCAGGGGUUGCCGCGGAGGUUGCGCCAUAACUCGAUGAACCGGGGGAUCGUGACCUCGAGGUAUCUGCAAGAUUAUGUGGAAGAGGCUCGGCUGGGCAAGGGUGGCUUCGGAGAGGUGGUAAGAGCUCGCAAGAUGAUCGAUGGCCGGCUUUAUGCCAUCAAGAAAAUCACGCAGAAAUCCCAAGAGACACUAUCCGAGAUGCUCAAGGAAGUCAGGCUUCUCUCGCAGAUGAACCAUCCCGCCGUCGUCCGGUAUUACAACACCUGGCUCGAGGAAAUUCCGGACUAUUCUGAUGCGGAAGUGGAUACGUCAACAGAAGGCCCAAGUACUCCCGGAGAUGCGAUAUCGCGGAGUAUCAACAUUGAAUUCGCCGAGAGCAAGAGCAGGGGCCUAGACUUCAUGUCAUCCAGCGGUCAUCCUUACAUCGAGUUUGAUUACGGCUCUGCCAUCGACGACGACGAUGACGAAGAUGAAUACGAAGACGAUGACGAGGAGGCGUCAUCAUCCGAUGAAGAUACAUCGACCUUGAACAGCAAGGUUCCGAAGGAUCAACUCGUCGUCCCUGUCAACCGUACGAGGAGAGGAAGCGCCCGCCCGUUUCGCACUAUCAUGUACAUUUCCAUGGAAUACUGCGAAAAGCGAACCCUUCGCGAUUUGAUAUCGCGCAACCUGUCCAAGGAGAGCCAGGAAGUCUGGCGUCUCUUUCGUCAAGUUCUUGAAGGCCUUGCUCAUAUUCACAGCCUCAACAUUGUCCAUCGUGACCUGAAGCCUGAGAACGUCUUCAUCAGCGCCGGCCCAGAUGGCGUUGAAAAUGUCAAGAUAGGAGAUUUUGGUCUGGCCACUAGCGGGCAGCUUGCUAUGGAUAAGACUGCCUCCAACGCGGACGCAAGUGAUAUGACCCGAAGCAUCGGCACUGCUGUUUACGUUGCCCCUGAAGUGAGAACAGGAGGCAGUGGCUCGUACACUGCCAAGGUGGAUAUGUAUUCACUCGGCGUCAUCUUUUUCGAGAUGUCGUACCCCCCGAUGCUUGGAAUGCAGCGUGCUCUGGUCCUUGAGCAAGUCCGGCGAAAUCCACCGGCUCUUCCCUCAGAUUUCAAGCCCGCCGACAAGAACCACACCGAAGUCUUGCUUUCUCUCUUAACCCACAGCCCGAAAGAGCGGCCGUCUAGCAUUGAGCUGCUCAAGAGCGGGAAAAUGCCGGUUCAGAUGGAGAGCGAGGCGAUACGGCGCGCCAUCGCUGGCAUGGCUGACCCAACGUCGCCGUAUUUCCAGAAGAUGCUCGAGACGUUGUUUGCUCGACAGAUCGAGCAAGCGAAAGACUACGCGUGGGAUAUGUCUUCGUCGAUCCCCAGUCCCGCCGACCUGAUGCGGCGAUACAUCGUGAAGGAGACCCUGAUAUCCAUCUUCCGGCGACACGGUGCCGUAGAGGCGCCGACAUCCUCGCUUUACCCUCGAUCAUCACAUUACGGGCAGAAUUCUGUGCACUUGCUUGACAAAAACGGCACGGUGCUUCAACUCCCAUUCGAUUUGGUGAUGGGACAUGCGCGUUCCCUCGCAAGAAUUACGAACGGCACAGUACCGCUGCGUUCUUACUCCUUUGGAAAUAUCUUCCGCGACCGCCAUGACGGCGGGCAGCCGGACGUCUACGGAGAGGUCGACUUUGACAUUGUCACCACCGACGCCCUGGACCUUGCCUUAAAAGAGGCCGAGGUCAUCAAGGUGCUGGACGAGAUCGUCACCGCGUUCCCCACCACGUCCUCGACGCCGAUCUGCUUCCAGCUCGGCCACUCAGAUCUUUUGCAUUUGAUCUUUGAGUUUUGCGGUGUGGAGGUUGGGGCGAGGCACGCUGCUACCGAGGUUCUCAGCAAACUCAACAUUCGGAAUUUUACGUGGCCCAAGGUCCGUAGCGAGCUCAGAUCACCUCUCGUGGGGAUGUCAGCGACCAGUGUCGACGAGCUGCAGAGGUUUGACUUCAGAGAUACUCCUAGCAAGGCCAUUUCCAAGCUGAGGGUCCUCUUUGAUGGGACCGAAUACAGCGAGAAAGUAUCGUCCACGCUAGCCCACCUGAGAGAAGUGUAUGAAUACACCAAGAAGUUUGGCCUGGGCAGCAAGGUCUACAUCGCCCCGCUCAGUAGUAUCAACGAGACAUUCUUCCGCGGGGGUAUUCUUUUCGCUUGCCUGUACGACAAAAAGGUCAAGGAUGUCUUCGCUGCCGGCGGCCGCUACGACGGCUUGAUUAAGGAGCACCGUCCCAAGAUCGGGAGCCGGUUCGAAGAGCGGCACGCCGUGGGUUUCAGUCUCAACUGGGAGAAACAGCUGGCGAAGCAGGUCCCCAAGACAACGGGAAAAGCAUUUCUCAAGAGGGCGGUCGAGGAGGAAACGCAUGGAAUCUUUAGCGCAAAACGAUGCGAUGUCCUGGUCGCCAGCUUCGACCCGUCCGUCCUCCGCUCCUCGGGUAUUGAACUUCUCCAGACCCUCUGGGCGCACGGCAUCAGCGCCGAGCUUGCCCGCGACGCCCGAUCCCCAGAAGAUCUCCUCUCAAGCUACCGGGACGAGUCCUACAGUUGGAUCAUCAUCAUCAAACAGGACAAUCAGCUCAAAAUCAAAACGAUGGGCCGCAAAGACGCCCCCGAUGCCGACAUAUCCGCAAAGGAGCUCCUCAACUGGCUGAAAUCCGAAAUCCGCGACCGCGAGUCCCGCUCGGGGACCAAACUCCGCAUCACGGCCAACCUGCCACACUCGGAGUCCGGCGGGGCGCUGCCCACGUCGGCGACGACGGAGCACGGGCAGCAGGAGGUGCACGUGCUGGUGGCGCAGACCAAGUCGAAAAAGUUCAACCGGCACGCGGUGGUGGAGCAGGCGCACGCGAGCGCGUCGCGGCUGGUGCGGACGUUCCUGGACGGGCCCGUGGCGGCGAUCGAGACGUCGGACGCGGUGGUGGACCUGAUCCGCGGCACCAGCCUGUCGGACCCGGAGAGCUGGCGGCGCGUCGAGCAGGCCGUCGGCACGGCCGAGAAGAAGUACGUGCGCGAGCUCCACGACAUGCUCGCGCAGUGGCGCUGGGAGUGGGAGGCCCGCAAGGAGGGCAGCGCCGCCAACGCCUUCGUCUACAACUUCCGCACCGGCAAGUGUGUCUACUACGACCUGGGAGCCUAGGGGGCUUCUACUACUGCUGCUGCUGCUGCUGCUGCUGCUGCGUCGGGAGGCGCGGCCGGGGGUUCGGGGCCAGGGCCGGGGUCCGGGUCGAGGAAGAGAGAGAGGCGGUGGUCUAUUGGUAUUUGAGCAUUCCGGGGGUUCUUCUCUCUCGGAUGGAUACAUCUCUGCUCUGUUCCGGGAGCCUACUUUGAUCCGGUCUUCUUUUUCUUUUUUUUUGGUAGUCCGGCC